AUGGCUUCACUGAGAAGAGUCAAAGUGCUGCUGGUGUUGAACUUGAUUGCCGUGGCUGGCUUCGUGCUCUUUCUGGCCAAGUGCCGGCCCAUAGCGGUGCGCAACGUAGACGCCUUCCAUGAGAUCCGGCCGCGCGCUGAGGUUACCAACCUCAGCGCGCACAGCGCCAGCCCUAUCCAGGAUGCGGUCCUGAAGCGCCUCUCGCUGCUUGAGGACAUAGUGUACCGGCAACUGAAUGGCUUAUCCAAAUCUCUUGGACUCAUCGAAGGUUAUGGUGGGCGAGGGAAAGGGGGUCUUCCUGCUACCCUUUCCCCAGCUGAAGAGGAAAAAGCCAAAGGGCCCCAUGAGAAGUAUGGCUACAAUUCCUACCUCAGUGAAAAAAUCUCACUGGAUCGUUCCAUUCCGGAUUAUCGUCCCACAAAGUGCAAGGAGUUGAAAUACUCCAAGGACCUGCCCCAGAUUUCUAUCAUAUUCAUCUUUGUGAACGAGGCCCUGUCAGUGAUCCUGCGGUCGGUCCACAGUGCCGUCAAUCACACGCCAACACAUCUGCUGAAGGAGAUCAUCCUAGUGGAUGACAACAGUGAUGAAGAGGAGCUGAAGGGCCCCUUGGAGGAGUAUGUCCACAAACGUUACCCCGGGCUGGUGAAGGUGGUGCGCAAUCAGAAGAGAGAAGGCCUGAUCCGGGCCCGCAUCGAGGGCUGGAAGGUGGCCACAGGCCAGGUCACCGGCUUCUUCGAUGCCCAUGUGGAAUUCACUGCAGGCUGGGCUGAACCAGUCCUAUCCCGAAUCCAGGAAAACCGGAAGCGAGUGAUCCUCCCUUCCAUUGACAAUAUCAAGCAGGACAACUUUGAGGUGCAGCGGUACGAGAACUCAGCCCACGGGUACAGCUGGGAGCUGUGGUGCAUGUACAUCAGCCCCCCGAAAGACUGGUGGGAUGCCGGAGACCCUUCUCUCCCCAUCAGGACACCAGCUAUGAUCGGAUGCUCCUUCGUUGUUAAUAGGAAGUUCUUCGGUGAAAUUGGUCUUCUGGAUCCUGGGAUGGAUGUGUAUGGAGGAGAAAAUAUCGAACUGGGAAUCAAGGUGUGGCUGUGUGGGGGCAGCAUGGAGGUUCUGCCCUGCUCACGGGUGGCCCACAUCGAGCGGAAGAAGAAACCCUACAACAGCAACAUCGGCUUCUACACCAAGAGGAAUGCCCUGCGGGUGGCAGAGGUCUGGAUGGACGAUUACAAGUCACACGUGUACAUAGCGUGGAACCUGCCCCUGGAGAAUCCAGGAAUUGACAUUGGUGAUGUCUCUGAAAGAAGAGCGUUAAGGAAGAGCUUAAAGUGUAAGAAUUUCCAGUGGUACCUGGACCACGUUUACCCAGAAAUGAGAAGAUACAACAAUACCAUGGCAUACGGGGAGCUCCGCAACAACAAGGCAAAAGACGUCUGCCUGGACCAGGGCCCGUUGGAGAACCACACAGCAAUACUGUACCCGUGCCAUGGCUGGGGACCGCAGCUGGCCCGCUACACCAAGGAAGGCCUACUACACCUGGGUGCUCUGGGGACCACCACGCUGCUCCCUGACACCCGCUGCCUGGUGGACAACGCCAAGAGCCGCCUCCCUCAGCUGCUUGACUGUGACAAGGUCAAGAGCAGUCUGUAUAAGCGCUGGACCUUCAUCCAGAAUGGAGCAAUCAUGAACAAGGGGACAGGACGCUGCCUGGAGGUAGAGAACCGAGGCCUGGCAGGCAUCGACCUCAUCCUCCGCAGCUGCACUGGACAGAGGUGGACAAUUAAGAACUCCAUCAAGUAGCAGGAGGGAAUGGGGUCACCUGGAAGCAUGGCCACC